CAGGCAAGGAAAUCCCACAGACAGUGAGCUCAGUGUCUCCGGUGAAGACCGCCGCUCCGCACUCUGCUGCCUCUACACUAAACGGACUGAAAAACACGCGUCAACACAGCGACAUUAAGCUGUAGCAUUGAUUUGUCUUCUAGGGGGACAUGGCUGAUGUGAGUUUAAACGAGUCGUCCACCGAGGACGUAGCGAACAGGUUCGCUCGCAAAGGUGCUUUGAGGCAAAAAAACGUCCACGAAAUCAAGAACCAUAAAUUCAUAGCCAGGUUCUUCAAGCAGCCGACUUUCUGCAGCCACUGCACCGACUUCAUCUGGGGGUUUGGAAAACAAGGAUUCCAGUGCCAAGUUUGCUGUUUUGUGGUCCACAAGAGGUGCCAUGAAUUUGUCACGUUCUCCUGCCCAGGGGCAGAUAAGGGGCCGGACACAGACGAUCCUAGAACGAAGCACAAGUUUAAGAUCCACACCUAUGGAAGCCCCACCUUCUGCGACCACUGUGGCUCUCUGCUGUAUGGCCUCAUCCACCAGGGCAUGAAGUGUGACACCUGCGAUAUGAAUGUCCAUAAGCAGUGUGUUAUGAACGUGCCCAGCCUGUGUGGAACUGAUCACACUGAAAGGAGGGGCCGUGUUUACCUGAAGUGUGAGGUCGGCGCGGACAAGCUGCAGGUCACAGUGAGUGAAGGCAAAAACCUGAUCCCCAUGGACCCCAAUGGCCUGUCUGAUCCAUAUGUCAAGCUCAAGCUCAUCCCUGACCCGAAAAAUGAGACCAAGCAGAAGACCAAAACCAUCCGCUCCAACCUCAACCCCAAAUGGAACGAGACCUUCACUUUCAAGCUGAAGCCUUCAGAUAAGGACCGCCGGCUGUCAGUGGAGGUGUGGGACUGGGACCGGACCACUAGGAAUGACUUCAUGGGGGCCCUUUCCUUUGGUGUAUCAGAGCUCAUGAAGUCUCCUGUCUGUGGCUGGUAUAAGUUAUUGUGCCAGGAAGAGGGGGAGUACUACAAUGUUCCCAUCUCAGAGGAGGAUGACGGGAAUGAGGAACUGAGGCAGAAAUUUGAGAAAGCCAAGCUAGGCCCAGGUAAGAUGGUGAUUACAGAGACGGACAACAGCCACUCCAGUCAGCUACCUUCCAACAACCUGGACCAGGUCAAACUCGGCGACUUCUCCUUCCUUGCCGUCCUGGGGAAAGGCAGUUUUGGCAAGGUCAUGCUGGCAGAAAUGAAGGCCACUGAAGAGCUGUAUGCAAUAAAGAUCCUCAAGAAGGAUGUGGUGAUCCAGGACGAUGACGUGGAAUGUACCAUGGUGGAGAAGAGAGUCCUGGCUCAGCUGGACAAGCCACCCUUCCUCACACAGCUCCACUCUUGCUUCCAGACUGUGGACCGUCUGUACUUUGUCAUGGAGUAUGUGAAUGGGGGAGACCUCAUGUACCAUAUCCAACAAGUGGGCAAAUUCAAGGAACCUCAGGCCGUGUUCUAUGCAGCAGAGAUCGCUGUUGGUCUCUUCUUCCUGCACAUGAAAGGAAUCAUCUACAGGGAUCUGAAGUUGGACAACGUGAUGCUGGACUCUGAGGGACACAUUAAGAUUGCUGACUUUGGCAUGUGUAAAGAGAACAUGGCAGAAGGAGUGAGCACACGCACCUUCUGUGGUACUCCAGACUACAUAGCCCCAGAGAUCAUUGCAUAUCAGCCAUAUGGACGCUCUGUAGACUGGUGGGCAUAUGGAGUUCUGCUCUAUGAAAUGCUGGCAGGACAGCCUCCUUUUGAUGGAGAGGAUGAAGAUGAGUUGUUCCAGUCCAUUAUGGAGCACAAUGUGUCCUACCCCAAGUCCCUGUCCAAAGAAGCUGUCUCCAUCUGCAAAGGGUUGAUGACCAAGCACCCAUCCAAGCGUCUGGGCUGUGGCCUUGAGGGAGAGAGGGACAUUCGAGAACACGCCUUCUUCAGACGCAUCGACUGGGAACGCCUCGAGAACAGGGAGAUACAGCCGCCAUUCAAGCCCAAAGUGUGUGGCAAGGGAGCAGAGAACUUUGACAAGUUCUUCACGCGCACCCAGCCCCAGCUUACACCACCCGACGAGCUGGUUAUCGCCAACAUCGACCAGGCCGAGUUUGCAGGGUUCUCUUUCAUAAACCCUCAGUUUGUGCACCCGUCGCUCAGUAACAGCCUAUGAGAAGGAUGGGGAGAUGUCCCUGUAGAACCUCCCUGCUCACUGCCACCCACUUCAGCCAAACUCCAACAUCUGACCACAACUUGAAGACGGCCCACGCUAAACUUUUAAGUAUUGGUUUUAUUCAUAAGCAGCAUUCUAGGGCUUGCAUCAUUGUUCUGUACAAAAUAUUUACCAGUACAGAUUGUACAGAUUAGAUUAGUUCUCAGCCAUCAAAAGAAAAUAUUUCCUUCAGUUUAUGAUGAACAUGUACUUGAGACAAUGAAUUCGUUCCUUACUGCUUUUGAUGAAACCGAGAGAAUAAAUUUAUCUUUGCCUGUAUAUUAUAAAGACAUUAGAACAAUUUGAGAAAAGAUGCCUGUGCAACUUUUCAUGAUUAUAAAUCUCAACAGAUAAACAUGGUCACUCAUCUCAGUUUAAUCUCAGUUUAAUGCAGAUAUUAAAUAAUGACCUGAGAAACACUCGGCUGUGUAGACACUGUAGCCAAAUAUAAAGGACGGGUUAUGCAGACAUUGAAACAGCACCUUGAGAGAUGAGCGUUUCCCGUUUCACAUUUCCUUCCCAUUUGAUUUCAUGGUGAUGGUGUAAAAUGUUAUUUUAGUACUAUUUGAUUCUAGCCAGUCUCAACCUCCAGUGUGUGUAGCAAAUCAAAUAAAGAAAUGAACAGGCAUGUAAUUAUAUAAUAUGCAGCCUGUAAAAACACAAAGUGUGAGACAAAGAAAGCGCGUUAAGGUCGGUUUCUCAAAUCAUCACUUAGUUUAACUUUUAUCAGCCUGUUUUGCCUACUUUUAAAAAUAAUAAUUCGCACACCUGUUUUCUAGCCCUUACUCGAGCUGCAGAAUGUGUAGUUUCCUUGUCGAUAAUUUUGUGGAGACUAUGUGGACACUCAGUGAAUAGUAAUCAGUUUAGUAUGUGAGCAGUGGUAGAACAUACUUCUGUCUACCUUAAGGAAAACUCAAACCUAAAAUGUUUACAAUUUGUCAUUUUUUUAACACUAGUCAGUGUUAACUACCAUCUCUGUCCCAUGAUAUGCUCAUAAUUAUAAAGGCUUCCAUUGGUGAUGAAUGUCUUAGCAACAAUAGUUAAGACAUUUUGUUGUUAUUGUUGUUGUUUGUUUGUUUUCAAAAUAUAAAAUUAUGUUUUUGUGUAUUAACCAUGCGAUGUUAUAUUGCAUACAGUGUCAUGCCCCUAGUGGUGUAGAUGAAACACAUUUGACAAGUUUCUUAGAUACAGAAUCUGAUGAAAUGAAAUCAUUGGAGCAUUUAUUCUGACAAUGCUUUGUUGUCCAGAGAACAAACUCGUCCUCGUCCAUUCAGAGUACGUCAGCAUAAUCAUUGUUACCAUCCCUUUUUGUCUCUUUAAUAUCUUAGUUUAGUUUUUACACUCCUGAUUCUUUUUUUUUUAUCUCAUUCAUAUUUUUUCCAUUAGAUCAGAUUAAUAUUUGAAUGCAUCCAAUAUCAAUGCAUAACUCCUUUGUAAAUAAUCUUGAGUUAUUUAAAAAGAGUAUAGCAAGUUGAAGUUUUUAUACCAACUCCUGAAUGUGCUUUUAUUACAUUAAUUAUAUAAACCAAUAUUUGUAUGUGCAAAAACAGCUAAGAAAGUAACCCAGUACAGAUCAACUUUGUAACAGCUGGAUGUCUUUGACAGAGUCCAGAUUUAGCAAAUUAUAACAACAAAUGUAUCUGUUCUACUUAUUUUGGCAGAUUUAUCUUUUUUUAAUUAUUACUAUUCAGUCUUUAUUCAAUGAUUUUGACUGCAAGUUGUAUGUUGAUCAGAUGUCUGGCUGUCGAAUGUCCUUGUGUAUCUGCAUGCUGUUGGUAGGCAUCAUUCAUGCACGUGAUCUGCUAAAUACUGCAUGCUACAAAGUAUAAAACCCCAAAGAGCUACAACCUCAAGGUGAUGCUCCACUCUAAAUAUAACUUUAGAGCUAAGAGUCAUCCUCUGUAGUCUUGAAGGUUUGUUUCGUCAUUCUUGAAGAAAAGCGACCAUGAUUAGCUUAAGUUCUUAAGUUCAUCUACAUUACAAUUGAUUCCAAUAGAGACAACUUUUCACUGUGGGGGGAAAAGAGUGUCAAAAUAUCCAUAAAAAUUUCUCAAGCCACUCCUGCGUUAUAAUCCACUUCUUCAUUGUGUGUCUGCAUGCUCAGUUUACCUAAACCUUUGGUUAAAUACACUCUUUCCAUCUUAGGCAUUCAAAGCAUUCACAGCCCACCUCCAGGCACCUUUGCAGGUCUUUUGUAGGUAGAUUUAGGGUGGAGUGUCACUGUGAACAUCACACCAUUUAAGGUGGCCAUUACACACCACAGUCCAGUGAGACUAAAGAGGGCUGAUCUUGGACCAGCUAGAUCCUUAAGAGGUGAUUGCAGGAUUUUGUAACUAUACUGCACAUAAAUCAAGUUAAGUCUCAGUUACAGUCUUUCAACAGUAAUGAAGCAUUAAAGUUCUAAUGCUCUGACACAACUGUGAACUAUGUGUAAAAGCAGAUUUGAGGAACAGUAAUUUGAAGAUCGCACAUCACAGCGACUGAACAAUAUAGUAUAGAGAUUUAUUACAGCUUAUAAAAUUUUAUAGGCAGUAAUCCUAAAACUAGCUUUUAAAGGACUUUCCUGACACACAGUCCGUGGUUUAGAUCAGUGCUCUUUUCUCCGUGAUACAUAUACAUUUUUAAGACCCAUGGUCCCUUUUUACCUUUCACCCAUUUAGGGCAAUGUGGAACACUCAGCCCAGAUCUGUGAUGAGUUGUGACUGAGAAGCAUGGCUCGUUGCUAGAACAGAGGGACCACUCACUCUCUAGUGUCUCAUGAAGGGGGUUUAUGUUCUAAUCUUAAUGUUAUGCUAUUGUCAUUAGCUUUUGUUUUUUUUUCUUUUCUUUUCUUUUGCUGCUGUCAUUGUUGUCAGUUUUAUUUCUCUAGCUUCUGCUCAAGAAAUUCAGGAAUGUUUCAAAGGAUAUAUCACAUAAGAAUAUUCAUAUCUAACUAAUAUAGUUAGGAGCUAUUGAUAAUGUAAUAUUUUCUCCAUGUUUUUUCUAAGAGUUGUGCUCUCCUGCUUUCCUAUAGUAUAUAAACUUUUGCAUGUGCCAAACCUGGAAAACGCCAGAACCCGGUUAUAGCAGCAUUGCACUAGCUGUACUCCCAUGGAUGGCUCUGUGGCAGCUCAGACCUGCCUAAUGCCACACGUGCUGUUGGCCACAUAACAUAUACAGUAGCAUACUGCCAUGACUGCACAUUGUGUCAGUACACUUCACAGUGCCAGUCAGUUUGAUAGACGACUUGUACGUGAUAGUAGAAUUUCCUGCCUCUCUAGCCUCGGGCAGAAUUGUCUUUGAAGACGACAGCUCAGCUUGUGGAGCAUUUGAUUGAACAUCCAGUGAAUUUCACAGAAGUGAGAGAAGAUAUUCCUUGUACAUAUUCAGAGUUUACUCUGCGACAGUCUUGCCCAUGUCUGAGCCUAACUCGCACGUCUGUGUGUUUUAAAUUAGCAGUCGAGGUCCAUCCCUUUAAUAGAAUCUUUAAUCUAAUAGACUUGCUUCCCAGUCUUCUUUCUUAUAAAUGUUUUCGAAACGUCACAGUCAGUGUCGGCAUGAAAAAGUACUGCUUACUCUCCCCGUGUGUGCCUUUCCUAACUUGAACAGAUAUAUUGUACAUCUUCUUAAUCUUCAUUGUCUUUGCUCUUAUCCUUACUCCUCUUACUGUAUUUUUAAUCAGUUGUCAUCAUUGAAGUUAAUUUACUCUGGUUUUAAUUAAUUUUAUGCCAUGUUAGUGUUUUUAGCACAUCUAGCAAAUGAAUGAAUGAGUAAAAUCUGUAAAUCAGAAUUUGAAACACAUUUAGUUGACAUACAUAAGUCUUUAUCAUAAAACUGCAUUUUGACUCAUCCACCUGUGUCCACUUGCUUUACCUUUACCUCCCUGUGCCUAUUAAUGACUGAACGAUGUAAUGACAAUAUCAGAGGAUGAUACUGGGCGGAUGAAGGAACACUGAGGAGCGUAGGUGAUUGAUGGAGGUGAUUGAAGUUAUAUGACUGAAAGGAUAGAUGAUGGUGACAUGUUCGAAGGACAACCCCUGUGCCUGGUCACAUUGAACCAUCCCUCCCUCGCCAUCUCAUGUAUGCCAUCUUUCACUUUCCUUUGUUCCUCCCUCCUCAGUGCCAGGGCCAAGUCAAUUCAUCAUUUUAUUGACAGUGUCCUCCUCCUUUCACCCUUUAAGUCAAAUCAGGUCUGGAAAGCAGUUUUCGUAUGUAAUUCACCAAAUACAGUCGGCAUCAAUUUUUCCCCCUGUCCACCUGUCAGCGCUAAUGCACCAUGGGAAAAGGAGUCAGCCACAUGUAUUUGGUGUUUUGCUUUGUUUACAUUCUAUUUGAUGUCCUCACUUUUUGGUUUUAAUUGAAUUGAUCAGGAUGGCCAGAAAGCCACGAAGCAACUUUCUGAUAUAAAGAUGUUACCAGAAAUGUAAGAUUUUGAAAGAGAGAUCUGUUAUGACUUCUUACCGUGCUCCUUUCAGGUACCUGUUUGCUUUAGGUAAAUCCUGAUGGAUGUCUUUGUCCUUUAUAAUUAGUCAUUUCUCUGCGCUGUGUCCUGUUUCCUGUGAAAUGAGAGAGUGGAAGUGGGCUGCCAUCUUUUCGGCCGUACAGAGCACAGGAUCAGUCAUGUGCAGGAAUGCCUUAUUCCUUAAACCCAUACAGUCACACGUUCUCUAACUAUCCUCUCUUUGUUCAUUUAUAAUCUCAGCACCCCUGUGGUUGUACAUAAAUGACUUACAGUAGAUAUCUAAAUAGACUGUAAAAGAAAGAAUAUAUUGUAUUUUGCAAAUGGUGUAUGUUUAUUUUCUUCCCUUGUCAGCCUGAAACCUUUAAAAUAAGUCUGAGCUACUUACCUUGUAACUGAUUGUGUCAUUUGUACCUAAUGUAUGAUAAUGCAAAUAAAAAAAGCAAAAUGAGGUUCAAA